AUGGGGCUGCCCCAGGCAGGGCUGUGGCUGAGGAGGCUCUGGGUCCUCUUUCAGGUGGCCCUGCAGGUGGCUGUGGGCAAAGUGUUCCUGAUAUUGUUUCCCUCGAGAGUCAAGCAACACAUCGUGGCCAUGAACCGGAAGAACCCCCACUUUUCCUAUGACAACUGGGCCCCAACUCUGUACAGCGUGCAGUAUUUCUGGUUUGUCCUGAAGGUCCGAUGGCAGCGACUCGAGGACAGGACUGAGCCAGGAGGUCUGGCCCCCAACUGCCCCGUGGUCCGGCUCUCAGGACAGAGGUGCAGCAUCUGGGACUUCAUGAAAGGCAACCGGCCAUUGGUGCUGAAUUUUGGAAGCUGUACCUGACCUUCAUUUCUUUUCAAAUUUGACCAGUUCAAGAGACUUAUUGAAGACUUUUGCUCCAUAGCAGACUUUCUCAUCAUCUACAUCGAAGAAGCACACGCAUCAGAUGGCUGGGCUUUCAAGAACAACGUGAACAUCAGGAAUCAUCGGAAUCUCCAGGACCGCCUGCAGGCAGCCUGCUUGCUGCUGGACAGGAGCCCCCAGUGCCCUGUGGUGGUAGACACAAUGAAGAACCAAAGCAGCCGGCUCUACGCAGCGCUGCCCGAGAGGCUCUAUGUGCUCCAGGCGGGCAGGAUCCUCUACAAGGGUAAACCUGGCCCUUGGAACUACCAUCCAGAGGAAGUUCGCGCUGUUCUGGAAAAGCUCCACAGUUA